AUGGCCACCACCUCGGGCGUUCACAGUGAGGACGAUGAUCCCGCUCUGAACGACUAUCUGAAUGAUGACUAUCCGUCUCAUGGCUCCAUGCAUGAGGAGUCCCCCUCGGAUUCCAAGCUUGGCUCUCAGUCCUUGCCGAUGCAGAAGCGCAGACGGGUAGGUCGCGCUUGUGAUGAGUGUCGUCGAAAGAAGAUCAAAUGCGAUGGCAAACAGCCCUGUACCCACUGUACAGUUUACAGCUAUGGUGGGAUAUUCCCUUCUCUUGCAUUUCCCCGCUACGUACUACUAGCAUCGCACGUGGCUAACAUUCCAUUCCUUCCUCAGAUUGCACCUAUGACCAACCCUCUAAUCGCCGCCGUAACCCCGCCCCUCAAUAUGUCGAAGCUCUCGAGGCUCGCAUGCACAAGGCCGAAGCUCUUCUCCGAAGUAGCAGCGAUUGAAGAAUGCCCAGAAAGAGAAACAAUCAUCGUCGGUUCCUCUACCCAAGCCCCCCUGCGGCUUCAACCGCCCCGCCAGAGACUGGCCCAGAAGGAGGGGAAGAAUCGCUAUUGGAGACAAUGGUGGAUAACUCAGGGGUACCUUGACCGCGACGAUCAAGGACACUGGGAUUACCAUGGACACACCUCCGGCAUUAUCUUCGCGCGACGCCUGCGCAAACAACUCGGCGCCGAUAUCCCUAUUACUCGGUCCCGCGGCAUGUCCCAAAUACUCGAGAGUCCUAAAUCCGUAACAGGGUCACCCCAGGAUGCAGCUUUUAUACCCACCAACGAUCUUCCAGAUCGUGAAGUCACUCGUCGCCUGUGCCACAAUGCGAUCGAUCAUGCAUGCUCAUUGAUGCGGUUGGUGCACGAGCCUUCUUUCUUCGCCAACCUAGAUCGCAUCUACGAGACGCCCCCGGAACAAUACACCAACGAAGAAAAUUCGUUCUUACCACUUCUGUACAUUGUCAUGGCUGUUGGGUGUCUGUUCUCUGAUGAUGGGGCUGGCACCCUGGAUUUUGAUGGAUACGAAGGGGCCAUUGGUCAAGGUUUUGUAUUCUUCAAAGCAGGCCGACAGUUGCUUGAAGUCACUGACUGCCGUGAUUUGACCUCACUACAGGCCAUUUGCUUCAUGAUUCUUUUCCUACAAUCUUCUGCCAAGCUGAGCACUUGCUAUUCUUACGUCGGAAUUGCCCUCCGUUCAGCCCUACGCUUGGGUCUACACCGUGCGGUCACUGCCGAUUUCAACCCCAUCGAGCGAGACCUGCGAAAGCGUAUAUUUUGGGUCGUUCGCAAGAUGGAUGUCUACGUCAGCACCCUUCUAGGACUCCCUCAGAUGCUGAGCGAAGACGACAUUGACCAGGAAUAUCCUUUGGAAGUCGAUGGCGAGUUCAUCACUAGCCAGGGUAUCCUUCAAAUGCCUUCCGAUUACACUCCAUUAAUGGCAGGAUGCAAUGCGCACACACGCCUAUGCAAUGUCAUUCUGAAGUCCAAUCAUCGGUACAUGGUUAGCCAUUCUAAGAUCCGUGAAAUCGAGCGUGAUCUUCAGACUUGGAUGGAAGAGUUACCAGCAGCUUUGCGACCUGGCACUGAGGUGUCACCACAACUGGAACGAAUUCGCCAACUGCUCCGAAUCAGCUAUGCGCAUGUGCAGAUGGUCAUGUAUCGCCCAUUCCUACACUACGUCUCUGGAGGGUCACAGGCGCGUGGCGUCGACAAGCGAUCAUAUGCCUGUGCAGCAGCGUGUGUCAGUGUAUCCCGAAACAUCGUUCACAUCACGACCGGAAUGCACAAAAGGGGCUUACUGAAUGGCUCAUUCUGGUUUACGAUGUAUACGACAUACUUUGCCAUUCUCUCAUUGAUAUUUUUCGUUCUUGAGAACCCUGACUCGCCCACGGCAAAGGACGGUGUCCUUAAAGAUGCCAUGGAAGGCAAGAAUACGCUGGCUGGACUAGCUAAGAAGAGCAUGGCAGCAGACAGGUGCUCACAGAGUCUGAACUGCCUCUUCAAGACCUUACCAGAGAUGCUGAAGAACCGCCAGAGCUCUAAGGCCCCUGUUAACCUCAAGCGAUCGGCUCCCUCGAGUGUUGCUGUCGAGGCAGAGCCCGCCCAAACGCAAGCGGAGCAGAUGACUUUGCCUCAUCGCUCGAGUACUUUCCCGGCACACAUGAUUUCAAGCAACCCUAAACUCAAUCCGACAAGCCGUCGACAGAAGAGUAUGGACACUACUACUCAAUUCAACAACCGGCCCACCGAAAGCGGUACUCAGUCGGCCUGGAUGGCUGCUUCGCCAGAAUUGUUGACGGAAGCCAUGUCCACGCCCGAGCCUGUUUCCGCGACCUCUCUCGCCUCCUCCUUCUCCAAUCAAGACCAGUCAAGCCUGGCAUGGGCCCAGCAAUUUAGUAACCCGAACAACCUUCCCGAUCUCAUGCCCAUGAUGUUUCCGUCCGACGAUCCCUUUGCUUAUCCCACGCAGCCCAUGUCAACAUUAGAAGACGAUCACUUCCGACAUGAUCGAGCAGGCGUCCCUCAAUCUUCUUUCCCUUUCGAGCAGUCUGCGGGGAGACCUCCUAGUACUCCAAGCGAUCCGAAUAUGCCGUCACCCAGUUUUGAUAGCUUCAGCAACCUCCCUGGCUUCUCUGUCGGAACACACGGUGGCAUCAAAUCGUCGGUACCUAGCCGACUGCAGGCUAGCAACACUCAAUCCAUGAAUUCCUCGCGACUGAACUCGCCCAUCUCGCAAGCGCAGUCGCCCAUCGAAGCUCUCAGCAGCCCUGACUUGGUUUCCAUUCCGAAUCAGAACUUUGUUUGGCAAGGCUACAAUUUCCAACCGAGCAAUAUCGCACCCCAGCCUACAACUUCACAAGCACCAGAAAACCCGGCCCCCAAUGGCAACGAUAACGGCAACGGCAACGGCAUUCUAGAUUUUAAUAUGGGCCUAGACGAGAAUGCCAUGGGCUUGAAAAUGGAGGGAAUAUCCUUCGACGAUCUCUUCGGGAAUAAUGCUGCCUAUAACCCAGGCAACAUGGCCUCUAAUGAUGACUGGACUCAGUGGAUGAAUGCAGGCACCUGA